AUGUCGAAUCAAAAUCUGAACCAGAUCGUCACAGACUACCUUCUCAAAAGGGGUUAUACCCGUACCGAGACCAUCUUCCGCCAAGAAUCAAGUCACCUGGGUCCAGACGGUCGACCCAUUCACAACAAGGUCGACGACCUUGGCCCGAAGAAGUACCUCAAGGCCUUCAACCUGCUGCGCGAAUGGGUCGAGAACAACCUCGACAUCUACAAGUUCGAGCUGAAUAAGCUGCUUUGGCCCGUCUUCGUCUACUCCUGGCUCGAGCUGGUCACGCAAGGUUACUCGGAAGAUGCUAAGAGCCUCCUCAACACCCUGAAGCCAUACUUUGAGAACAUCCACGGCGACGACCUUAAGACCUUUUCCACCGUCACCCUGGCCCUCCACGCCAAGGAGAACCCCACCACCAAGCUCUACCGCGAGAACAAGUAUCGCAUCCCCCUGAACCAGCAUGUUAGCGGCAAUCUCUUCCACUUCCUCGAGCGUGAGCGCGACAACGGCGGCGCUGUCAUUACCUACAUCCUCCAGACCUUCUGUCAGCUGGAUUCGACCUCUCGCGGGCCUAUCGAGCCCUUUAGCUUCGAGGCAAUCUACCGACGGAGUCAGAACCUGGACUUUGACGAGGUUGACCUGCAGGAGGGAAUCCCUGGAGCCUUCACGGGUAUCUCCAACCGAGACCUGCUCGACAAGACUGCGCCUUUGAAAUUGGGUGCUUUGCCAAUGGAGGAAGAUCUCCGCGACGACGUGCGGGCUGAGCUUGCUGAUGAGGAUGCUCUCAACCCCCCGCCCGAUGGCAGGUCUACUCUGGUCGACGAGUUUGACCGCAAGAUCAAGAGGGAGGAGAGUGCGGAUGGCCCUAACAGAAGCGAUCUGCCUCUUCCCCCGUCCCGCGCCCGCGAUGUUGUGAUGGAGAUGCAGAAGGUUAGAGAAAAUCGCGAUCGUUUCAAGAUUGAGGGCCGCACUGGUGGCGUUGGCGUUCCCGUCAGCGCAUGCAUAUUUACAUUCCACAACACUCUCGGAAGUGUCGCAUGCAUGGACUUCUCCCAAGACCACGAGCUGGUCGCAGUCGGCACCACUGACUCCUACAUCCGCGUGUGGCAUCUCGAGGGCAAGGCGCUCAAGUCAAAGAGAGCCGACGAGAAGGAUUUCAAGUUCAACAACCGCAAGCUCAUUGGCCACUCUGGACCGGUAUACUCCGUCUCCUUCUCUGACGCCAUCGCCAAGCUUGAGCACGCGCCGUUUGGCGAGGAGGGCAAGGGCGAGCAGCCCAUUGAGACCAGCUCGAAGCUGUUGCUGUCUAGCUCCGCCGACGGCACCGUUCGCAUCUGGUCUCUCGACAUUUGGGCCUGCGUGUGUGUCUUCAAGGGUCAUGACGGUCCCGUUCUGAGAGCAAGCUGGAGUCCUCACGGACACUACUUCUUGACGGGCGGUUGGGACAAGACGGCUCGCAUCUGGAUGCAGGACCACGCCUCGGCCCAGCGCAUUCUUGUCGGACACGACUCCAGCAUCUCUGCGGUUGCCUGGCAUCCAAACGGUACCUACGUGUUCACCGCCUCUGACGAGACGGACAAGUCGGUUCGCAUGUGGUCUGUAGUCACCGGCCAGUGCGUCCGCGUCUUUAGUGGACACACGGAUUACAUCUCGUCACUUGAGUGCGCACCCAACGGCAAGAUCCUCGCCAGUGCCGAUAACAGCGGCAACAUCUUCUUCUGGGACAUCCAGAAGGGCGCGCGGAUUAAGCGGUCUCGCGGCCACGGCAAGGGUGGCAUCUGGUCGAUGAGCUUCAGCGUCGAGUCCAAUGUUCUCGUGUCUGGUGGACAAGACGGCUCUGUCCGUGUAUGGGAUGUUGAACUGCCUGCCGAGGGCCAUAAGGUUGUCCAGCAACAGGUUGGAACAGCGCCUGCGCAAGAGGGAAGUGAUACCAUCGUCGCUGCCACAGGACAGACGGAGCGUCCGAACGCAAGCACUCAGGGAGCUGCUGGUGGUAGCUCCAGCGCACCAAGCAGUGGCAAGAAGAAGGGCAAGGAGGUGAUGAUUACGCCUGACCAGAUCAGCGCGUUCCCGACCAAGAAGACACCGGUCAUGAAGGUGCAGUUCACGCGGAUGAACCUGAUUGUGGCCGGCGGCUGCUACGACCCCGACCGCUGA